AUGACCGUCAUCACUAUGCCGACGACCGAGAAGAAGUCGGACAACGUGCCGCUGGUGACCAACAUUGAGAUCGACCCUUCUGUCCAGGAAAAGGACUUGGAAACAGGAAAUGGUGUACAUAAUCGCCCAGUCAGAUCUAAAUUUUUAGUGCUCAGAGUCAUUAAUGAUCGUGUUUAUUCUAUGUGGGCAUUAAUUUAUAUAUUACUGAUGUCAUUAGUAAUUACAUUUAUGAUGCUUUAUGGGGAACAUAUUUAUAGAGCUAUUGGAAAUGCUUUUAACGAUGAGAAUGAUGCUUUCUAUGGAACUGGCACUAUUGCUUUAAAUGAUAAGUUAAAUCUUCCCAUUCAAGAUCUAAACAAUGAUUACGAACUGAAUCAACUAAGAAAUGAUAUGGAGUUCAAAAAACUUGAGAACUUUGCUUUGAAUUUGGAAAAAAUGAACAACCCAAUGAUGAACUCUGAAGAUGUUAUUUCUGAAUUUAAAGAAGAUUUUGAACUUGAUCUUAAAGAAGAUAGUUAUGAAAAAAUUCUUCCAAUUUUACCACUUGCUAAUUCUGCUCGUUUUAUUCAUGAUUUUAGCGCGAAUGUCACUGGCAUUGUAGAUAUUGACGGUAAGCGUUGUUUUAUUAUGCCAUUAAACCGCAGUGCAGUAUUGCCACCAAAAUCCUUAUAUGAUUUGUUGUUUAAAAUGUCCAGUGGUUAUUAUGCCGUCGAUACCAGUAAUGUGAUGCACAAUAUGCGUGUGGUGAAACCAGCUGUUGAAGAUCUCACAGAAUAUGGCAUUUAUAUUGCUAAAGAUUGUGCAGGUUUUCCAACUUAUAAACUGGAAAAAAUUGUUUCUGGAGUAUUCAAGCGGAGUGUUUCGACCCACACGAAAACUUUUUCGGCGUUUUCGGGACGGAUGGACUCAUUCCACAUACUCAACUACGAAGACAUCGAUUCGCAGUAAAACAAUAUGAUCUCCCGUCUUUGUAUUUGAUAUAAUAAUAGGUUACACAAAACAUACACAUACAUACAUAACAUAUUUAUAAAUACUACUUAUUUUGUCUAUUUAUGAUUUUGUUUAAGAUUUUAUUUUCAUAGUUUUAUGAUACUAUAUUCACUCAUUAUACUUUUCUCGUAGCCACUUAGUGCUUUUAAUACAGGUACCUAAUCUUACCCAAUACACAUCCGUAUAAUAUAUAGGUGGUAUAUUAUAGUAUAUAUCAUGUGAUAUGCUAUAAUGAUAUAAUAUUGUAGAUUGUAAUAUUAUUUAUCAUAUUAUUAUUAACUGUUAAAUACGAUUCUACAGAGAUCAAACGUUACUUUGAGGAAUUUUUCUUUUUUCUUUUGAAAGUUUUAUGCGAGUAUGUGUUGCCAAAAGUCCAUUAAAUUAUAUUGAAGCUCGAAUUAUACACAUCAAUGAUAAAAUUAUUAAACG